AUGUGCCAAGAAGCCUACUCUGAGGUAAUGAAGAUAAAGAAAACACCGAAAAGAGAGCAACAACGAAAGUUAUUGUCCCUACUGCUGAACAAGCCGGACGAAGAAUACUUGUCGGCAUUCCACUUCUACACAGCAUGUUCAUUCAUGCUGCUAAAAGAGAAGUAUCAGCCACUCAAGGCUGAAGAGUUCCACAGUCUAUAUAAGCUGGAUAACAAGCUUAACCAAAGCAAUUAA